AUGAGCAUCAUUUGGCAGAGUUUCAGUAUUAACAUACACAUAAUGAGAGCGUUUGGUUUAUACCCUCCUGAAAAACCUACAAGAAUAUCAUGGUUACGGUCCUUGUUAUUAUAUUUUGCAUUUGCAUAUCCCGUACCGGUGUUAGGAAGUCUAAAUUUUAUUUUUGGCGAAGAAAUCGACCAGAUGAGGUUUGGUGAGAACGCUUUUCAGGUGGCCCAAUUAGCGUGCCAAAUUGCCAAAUUAAUGCCUUUUAUUUUGAAUGGACGUCGGAUUAAAAAGUGUAUUCAUUAUUUGGAAGAUCCCUUAUUUGAGGUAAAAGGGGACAACGAAAAAAUUUUGGAAAAGUGGGUCCACACGUGUCAAAGAAAUACUAAAGUGUUUCUUGGUUCCAUUAUAGCUGGUAAUGUAAGCUGGGCGGUGAAACCUUUUCUUCUACAAAAUGGACAACUGUCGGUGGAUGUGUGGCUUCCUUAUAACUUGAUGGAAAACACGAUGGUGUAUAUUUUCGUGUUCGUUUUACUUACUUUGGGUGUUGCGUACGCGUCCAUUGCUGGUGCCGCUAUUGACCCUCUACUUGCUGGACUUUGUGGUUUAGCGUCUGGACAUAUUCAAGUUUUAAAACAUAAUUUAAAACAUCUUGAUCAAUGCACUACAGAUUCCGAAUCACUGAAGAUUUUUGUGACCAGACGCAACAUCAAACACUGUAUUAAUCAUCACAAUAUAAUUCUAAGCCAGUUUGCAGGAAGUGUUUUAGUUGUGGGUUUCUGUUGUUUCCAGUUAGGAAAAAUGUCACCGACGACCCCAAAUUUUUCCAUUUUGGUGGGCUACUUAAUUGUCCUUCUGGUUCAAAUAUAUUUCUAUUGUUACUAUGGGACGGUACUGUAUGAAGAGAGUGAUAGUCUAACGAAUGCAGAUUAUAUUGGGAAUUGGUACGACUAUGAUGCUGAGUCCAAAAAGGAUUUAAUUUUGUUGCUGGAACGUUCCCAACGACCCAUUGUUGUGACAGCUGGGAAGAUUCUUGAUUUAUCUGUGACCACAUUUACCACGGUAAAAAUGUGA